CCUCUCCCUUGCUCAAUCUCAUUCAUUGUUUGUCUUGACUUGAGAUCUGUAGCUGUCUCCAAGUUAGAGAUGUCUCUGAGAUUUGGAUGUAGUUGCACCAUAGGAGCAUUCCUCCUUGUGCUAGCAUCCAUCUCAAAGAGCUCCCAUGCAGCAAGGAUAGUUGUUGGAGACUCCCAGCACUGGCGAUUUGGCUUCAACUACAGUGAUUGGGCUCUAAAAAAUGCGCCCUUCUACCAACAUGAUACUCUGGUGUUCAUGUAUGAUCCUCCCAGCAACACCACAUUCCCGCACAGUGUGUACUUGCUGAAGAAUCUUCGAAGCUAUCUGGCGUGCGAUUUCAAGAAGGCCAAGCUGGUUGGGAAUGUCAUGCAAGGAGGGGGGAAUGGCUUACAGUUUGCGCUGAAGAAGAGGAAGCCUCACUACUUUGCUUGUGGGGAGAGAAACGGUGUUCACUGUAAGUUUGGACUCAUGAAGUUCCCCGUGCUUCCUAAACGACGUUGCCAUGCUUGAAGAUUUCCAGGGAAGACGCAGUGCUCUUUAGAGUUGCUACCAAUCCUCUCUUUUCUUUACGAUAGCUGGGGAGGAUUUACUAAGGUUUUUAGCAUUACCAACCUAGAUCUUUUCGAAAAGUGUUUCUUGUUAUAAGAAAACAAUAUAUAAUUUUAUGACUGGAGAUGAGUUUGUUUUGUUUUUUGUGGGAAAAAUGGAGAUGACUUUUGUUAAAGGGAA